AUGUCCGAGGCAUCCUGUCCGGUCAGUGGACACACGGCGAGAGGAGGAUCAACAUGUCCUGCCGGAAAUCAGAGGGUCGGGCCACGAGGGUGUGCCUUUGCUGCAUACCAAAUGUCAUCGCAGUCACAGUACACUCCCCAAGGCGUACCUCUUGACGGAAAAUCGAUCGAUGAGCUCGUCACUCAGGAACGGAAGACAAUCACAGAACUACUCAUUCCCAAUGCCCCCCCUCGAUCUAUUACCAAUGGUCUAGCCAAUGCAGAUCACCUGAAUCCGAGAGACCUAGACGUGUUGGCUUCUGCCCUAGGAGCCCCGGCAAGACAAGUACUCAAUAGAGCUAUGGAGUUGGGUCCACGCACAGGGUGGAGGGAUGGCUAUUUAUCCAGCACUCAUGGAUUCUGUCCACCUGAUCCAUCAGUUGCCCCAGCAGCAUUAGCCUUGUCCCCAGGUCGAGUCUGGUCUGACCUGUGCGAGCGCAUGCCCGCUGUGGUGGCUAGAGGCAGAAUGCGGGAUAGCAUUCUUCAGUUGCCACUCAUCCACGGAACCGAAGAUGUCAUACCUGACGCUGCACUCUGGGCUGCUGUGGUAUGUCUGGGAAUUCUUGCAAGUGUCUACCGAUAUGAAGAAAGAAACGACGGUCAUGAAGGCAUCAGUGUCUCCGCCCCGCCUGGCACAUUUCGAAAUGCCAUGGGCGAAGCUGAUGACGAAGAGGAAGAAACAAAAGGUAUCCCGAGAAACAUUGCGAUACCAUUGCGACAGAUCUGUACUCGGAUGGGUCGUGUGCUUCCUCAUCUGACCCAGUUCGACGUUUCCGUCUACAAUUAUAAACUACGAGACCCAACGAGUAUCAACCCAUAUGUUGCUAGGUGUGAGAACAUGGACCUACGAUGGCCAGUGUUCAAUGAUCGUGGCGAGGCCAUGUUUCUGCUCUGUAUGGCGGAAACACAUGGCUGCUUCGUCGAUGGUGUCGAAAUCAUGACUCGAUGCCAGGAGCGUGUAAUGCUCAAAGACAACCAAGGCCUUUUGAGAGAACUUCUCAAACUCAAAACAAUCGUUGACCGAUUUGUCCAUGUUUUUCAUAAGAUCAGCGUCAACCCACAUUCAGGAGAAAACUUUGCCAAUCCAGUCGAGUGGGGUCAAAGAUAUGCCAAAUUCUCUGCUCCAUUGUCAAAGCGAGUUCCGGCUCUGUCUGGGCUGGCACUGCCUGUCUUCCUCCUGAUGGAUGCAUUCAUCGGACGGACCAACUAUGACAGCUUUUUAGGAAAAGAAGCACUUCAUCUCAGAGCAUGGCUUCCACUCAACAUUCGUGCAUAUAUUGCCGCGAUCGAAUAUCACUAUCAGGUUCCAACCUACGUCAAAGAGUCUGGUGACCCAAGACUAAUGGGGGUCAUGGAAGGCAUCUUGGAGGCCUACAUCUCUGAAAGAGGAUGGAUGGGCACCCACAAGUACAAGGUUUAUGGGUUCCUAGAAGUCGUCGCCAAAACCGGGCGAAGUGAAACCAAUGGCAACUCCGGAGCCUCUGAUAAUGCCGGGAGACCUUGGGAAGAAGUCCACAAAACACUAUCCGAAUCGAUGAAAGAACGAUUGGAACCUUUCCGUGGAAAGACGAAUCUCCAGCCCCACCAAUUGCGAGGAUCUUUCGAGGAAUGCAGGUUCAAAGCUCGGAUUCUUUCUCGCUCUUCGGUAGACGACGACCCCAGUCGUUCUUCGGGCAUGAUAACGCUUGCUCUGGAGGAUACAGGCAUCACCUAUCAACCGGGAGAUCGUUUGGUUAUCAUGCCGGUCAACAGCUGGACCGAAGUCAACAAGAUGACAGCUGCUCUGGGACUGGAUGAUUUUCUUCAGACUCAAGUACCUCUCGCGGCGGGCUCCGACUGGGAAAGAUUCGCAAGACACCUCAAGGUCAUCGGACGGACCGAAGGUCACCCAUCCUUGACCGUAAAGGAUAUCCUCCGACGAGGACAUCUGUCUCCUCUCACCAAAGAUUUUGUCAUGGCAUUGCACAUGGCACUACGUGCGUCGUCAUCAACAGUGGUCAAGGUCUUGGGGUCUGAGAUGUGGCCGGUGCAAGGAACUGUAGGUGACCUGCUUCAACUUGCCAUUAGCGAAGUCUCUCCAGCUAUCUGGGACAACGCAUUCGACUUGAACAAUCUUUCCUGGCUGCCGAAACUCAUUCCGAUCGAGACGCCACGUACUUACAGUAUCUCCAACUAUUCGGACGAACUGCUCCCUAGCACGCUCGACCUCACAGUGUCUCGAAACGUCUCAGCUCUCUCGAAAGUUCUCCACAAUGGGUCAUCUUCAACUAUUCGAUAUGGUGUUUCAAGUGGCUGCCUCAACCCCGAUCCGUUACAAGGUGAGGACAUUCUCGACGAAGAGGAAUACCUGAUCGGAGUGGGGCGGCCACUCAAUUUCGAAUUACCCGUGACCAUGUCAGGUCCAAUUGCCAUGUUCGCUGGUGGAUCUGGAAUUGCCCCUUUCCGAUCAUUCUGGCAAGCCCGGGUUCAUAACAGUAUUGGGAGGAAUAUCUUGUUCUUCGGGACACAGUCACGGGCACGGUUCUCAUACGAGCACGAACUUCGAGAUUACGUCCGGGGCGGACAGAUUGAAUUGCACACGGCAUUCUCGCGAGACACCAACGGGUUGACGUACGAUCCAGUUUCUCGCGACCUGGUCGAGACGCUCAUGAAGCCGCGAUAUCUCGACGCUGCCAUUGUGGAACAAGGCCGCACAGUCUGCGACAUGGUCAUUUCCAAAUCCCAAGGCGGGCUUGGUGGACAUUUGUACAUCUGUGGUUCAUUGUCAAUGUACGACACUAUCAUGUCGGGGAUCAGACAAGCUCUUUACCAGAACUGGGCAUCUACCAAAGAAACUGCCGACGGGUUGAUUGCCAAAGCAUUUGCCGAAAGAAGGUUCAUGCUCGAUAUCUUCAUGUCGCCAAAACCAGUGAGCUAUUCAACACCAAGAAUCCCUAUUUCCAAACUCGCCCUCAACACCGGCCACCGAAAAGGCUCUAGAAUGUGGAUUGGCGUGCAUGGAGGUGUCUACGACAUCACGGAUUUCCUCCCGAUUCAUCCUGGUGGAACGUUGAUCGCUCAAGCUAGCGGCGGACUCGAUGCUUCCAAGACCUUCGACGACCUCGCCCACACGACAAACCCUGAAGUCAUGAGUCUGCUAUCCAAGUAUUUCAUCGGUCAUCUGGCCAGCAAACCGGGCUAUCGAUCUGCUGAAAUCAGCAAUCUCUACGACCUAUGGUACCAAUAUCUCCGCAAUUGCGUGGAAAGCCUCACAACUCUAUUCUUCGAAGUCAAUUACAUCCAACAAGACGCUCGCACAUGGUUCCAAGGCGACCUUUUCAAUAUGGGCGGAGUACGCAAAUUCUACCAAUUCCAAUCGAGAUUGAUGCAGAAUGGGUUUUCGACCUUAUUCGGUGCCAAGUUGCAAGAAUUAUACCUCAAAUUGACAUUCGCGCUCGUCAACUCAGGUAUGCCAGAUACACGACUUUCAGACGUAAUUGGAAUAAUCACGCGAGCACAGGCAUCUCCUGAGGCGACUGUGGCGGCCAAGGAAAUCGCUCAAAUCGGCCAAUUUGUCUGCAACAGUCAUCACGCACAGUUUCAAGAGAACGGUAUUUUGAGAUACUCGCAAGCCGUGACGGAACUAGACGUCCAGUUCCUAGAAGAAAUCCGUCAAGAUGUCUGUUUGGGAAUGGACGCCUUUGACGUGAUCGAGAACGGCGAGGUCGGACUAUCCGGAGAAAAGCAACGGCUCGUCCAACUUGCGAGCUAUCUACUCUCGAUUCUGGAACGAGUAGCACAGCGACUCGAGACCUUCUACUCUCGAUUGGCACGUGAAUCGAUCUAUCGCCCAGAAAUUGAAAAGAACCCAGCCCGUACACGUUGGAAUUUACUCAAACGCAAGAUUCGAGAUGGAUCGCUGUUCAUUCUAACUCAAGACUCUUCAUUCAAUGGUACAGUUGGGUCGCUGAAGAAACCAUUCCGAGCGACUCGACAUGCAGAUCAAGAUAUUGCGUUUGCACAGGUCGUUUCGCAAGCAAAACAAGUCGUCAAUGGUCAUCACACCACCAACAAGACACGUUAUGGAUCAACGAGCUCUAACGGCAACAGCCACACCAAUAUCAACACCACCACCAGCAGAACCGACUCGUCCCAACGACAAACACUAGCCCAUUCACACACGGCAAGAGCCACACCAGGAAUUCACGCCCCCUCGUCACAUGAAAUACACGAAUCACGCAAUGCUGUGGAAUCAAUAUCGCGAUUCAUCGAAACGAAUGACCAAUCCAUCAAGCGAUUGAGCAUGUUACCGUCCAAUCUGACAUUUUCAAAUGUCAUGGCCGCUGGCAGUUCCGCAUAUGGGCCACCUUCAAACAAUAUGGUUCGAGAACUCGAUAUGAACAUGAACCCAGACUCUGUCGACCGACCGAGCAGCAGAUCUCAUCUUGUUCGCCGAGGGACCAAUACAUCCACCGUUACCAGCGGCAGCGGCAGCAGCAGCGGGCAGGGCGAUGGGGCCAUUCGUGCACAUGGUGGUAACGAUUCUAUAACCAGAUCAUUGAUGCAGGCACGAGGUAGUACAGCUACUCCUCCAGCUUCGAUGCCGCCGACAACUGCACUCCCAUUAGCGCCGCCGUUUGAACAAUCUCAUCAUGUUGUAGGAACUCGAUCUCGAUCCCACUCUCAAUCACGAUCGCGAUCCCAAGCUGGAACCCCACCACCUGGUGUGCCUCACCUUCAAACACGCUCACGAUCUCGCACUGGAUCGGAAUUCCGAGGAAUAGUACCAAUGUCAGAACCUGCUCCAAUCCCAGCCUUGCCAACCCACCAGAUGAUGGGCAUGCCAGACGUCAAUGAACCAGGCUUACUCCGCCGUCAAAUCUCAACUACAUCGACAUCAUCCAAAAUCUCGGCAAUGUCACUAUCAAGAGCCUUGUCAUCAGUCUCAUCAUCAUCAUUAUCUAGUGUCCGUCGCGGAGAAAGCGUCAGAGGCCGACGACAACAACAAGGGUCCAUGACCAUGACCGCGAUGACGACAACAGCCAUGAUUCCAGGAAUGAAUGAUAGUAAUGAAAUCAUUCAUGACCAGAAACAACAUCAUAAUCACGGGUUGAGAUCGUUCCGUCUAGCACAGUCGCCGCCUUCGUUGUCAUCUUCGAGAACGGCGUCGACGUCGUCGACGGCUUCGGCUUCUUCAGCAGCGAUGUUGGCAAAGGUUAAUGGUGGGACCAGUGCUACACAACAACAGAUGAUGAUGGGUGGGUUGAAUGGUGCUGAGACAGAAGGGGGGUUGGGAUUGGAGUCUGGGUCAAGUAAUAGGACCAGGACCAUGAGUAUUGAUAAACAUCAGAGGUUUAGAAUUCCACUGUUGCCGUUGGAUGUUAGGUGAGGAAGGGGAUUGGGAUCAAGAUGAGGCAAAAAGGUUUAGAUAGAGUUGUUGGUUCCUUGACGCUUGGUGGCUGGUCUGUUGUUUGGCUUGUUACGUCGUUUGGUGAACUAUUUUCUGGGGCUAUCAAAGUUGAUUCCUUUCAUUCUGCAUUUUAGAAUUUCUGGAACGAUAAAAUUUACAGGUUCGAGGAGUCAAACAUACUCAUUA